ACCUAUUCCUUGUACCACAACCUUCUCAUGCUCCCAACCAAUAGAAACCUGCAUACAUUGAUCUAGCAUUGAUUUGAUUGGUGUGGAACAGUUUUAGAAACAAACCCACAAAGCAGCUGAACUUUUCAAGUCCCCACCAAGCAAACUAAGCAAAGUCCAUAAAUAGGGCGGCCUACCUCUCGUUCUCCUCUCCUCUCCUCUUCUUUUUCUAAGCACACAGAGCCUUCACCUUUAGCAAAACCAGUCCAUUAAAGCAUCAAGCUUUCCUCACAGCUCCUCUUAGUUUUUCUCAUUUCAAUAUGAAGAAAGGAAUGUUCUCCUUCAGCUCCUACGAAGAUCAUUUCCAGAAUGAGCCUCACUUCCUUGAUGCCUGCUUUCUCUGCAGAAAGUCACUUGGAAACAACUCAGACAUCUUCAUGUACAGGGGAAAUACACCAUUCUGUAGCAAAGAUUGUAGACAAGAACAAAUAGAGUUUGAUGAGGCUAAAGAGAAGAGCUGGAAAGUGUCCUCUUCUUCUUCCUCCUCAUCUUCAAGCAGAGCAUCUAUCAGAAAAUCAGAUGCCAACAAAGACUCUUCCACCGGCAAAACUGUACGGACAGGCACAGUUGCUGUAGCCUGAUGAUCUGAAAUACUAAUUCUGUAAAUUAUGUCAAUCUUUUCUCAUUCCACGUGGCAAGAUCAUGGAGGUGAAUUUUGAUCAGGGUUGUGAGAUGGGGAGGGGGAAGUACAUAGGGCAAUUGUGACCAAAUUGGGGAAGAAUUUUUGUUUUUGAUUUUGUGGAAGGGAAAGGGAAACCAUCAUAUCUCAUUACUAUAAUGGUAGGGAUGUGUUGUAAAAUUUUGAUAAUGAUAUUUGUUUGCUUCUCAAAUGACUUUGAGACAUUCAAAAGUUUCAAAUAGAGACUUGGUACCAUAUCACUGCUGUGCUCUAUU